CCCCACCCCCUGUCAUAGACUCAGACUCCCCCAGUCUCUAUCACCAGAUGCCUCUGUCAACUGCUGUCCUCACACUGCUGCCGGGGACAUCUGCUUCUACAGAGGACAGCUCACUAUGGACAUGGUGAAAAUCCAACCUCAGCCCUAUGAACCCUGCAGCUGAGAGCCAGAUCCCCUCUGUCUCCUGUGUCCUGUGUCCAGCAGAGGAUGAGCCAUGGGUCGCCGGGUACUGGAAGAAGCCAGCUUCUCUCUGAUCAAGCUGGGCAGCCUAGUGGCCAUUAUCAGCUGUGGCCUGCCCUUGUGGCAUGUGAUGAGAUUUUCUGAAGAGACCAGCAUUUGGGAGGGCCUUUGGCUCCUGUGUGAGAUUAAUGGACUCAAGAGCCUGAAAUGCAUCCAGUACAGUUCACACCUGGUAGUGCCACAGGACCUGAAGGUGUCUCGAGUUCUGGUGGUCAUCUGCAUCUUCAUCAUCUGCCUGGGUUUGCUGCUGUACAUGAUUGGGGAUGAACGUAUCAUAUGUGUGUCAAAUAUGAAUAAUGAAAAGAUCAAGAUGGUGGCAAGUGGGUUGUUCCUGGGGGCUGGUCUGCUGCUGCUGGUGUCUGUGUCAUGGGUAACAAACAAUGUCAUCCUUGGCAUCACCAACCCUCAGAUGGUUCUCCCAUUGAAACCAGAGAUGGGAGCCUCACUCUACCUGGGCUGGCUCAGCUCCCUGCUACUUCUGCUGGGAGGGGUUCUCCUGGGAGGGGCCCUGCUGUGUUGUGAGGGCCCAAGGAAGAUUGACCAGCCCACUCCUCUUGAGGUCUCCUGUGAAGAGCCCUCUGUGCUUUAUAUCUGGAAUCAGUGAGCUUCAAUUAGCAAGUCACUGGAAUGAAGAGAGAAUAGCACCUCAGGGAUGAGUCUAGCCUUUCCCAGCUGCAGGGGGAAUUGGUCUCUAUGGGCUGCUCCACUCUAGCUUAGCAGAGGGCCCUUUCAUUAUUAUACAAUUCACACAUUUAUCAUGUCAAUUCCUACACCAAAGCUUUUAUCUAAGCCCCCCCCCAAAGGGAUGAUGCCAAAAGCAAAUUCUCAAGAAAGAACAACCACAGUGUUCUGGGCUGUUCCUAAUCUAAGUUUUCAUGGGCUUUGAACCCCUAGGAAACUCUCAGAUAAGACUUCAAAGAGAAGGUCCAGGAGACAGGAGGUAGCAAUCACAAAGGACAGAUCUAAGCUAGGUGCUAACACUCUGGGGUCACACAGGCUGUAGCUCUGUGGAAUUCUCCCAACACUCCUCAGACAUCAACAAUGCAUAUGGUGGGCCAGUCUCUGUGUAUGGAUUUGUUCAUCUGUAGACAGCUCAGAACACCUUGUGACUGUUUAUUAUUCUCUAGCUGUUACC